UCACAGAAAAAGAAAUUCGACAAUGGCACAAAGGUUUUCUCAAAGACUGUCCGAAUGGUCUACUGACGGAGCAAGGUUUUAUUAAAAUUUACAAACAAUUCUUCCCGCAAGGAGAUCCCAGUAAAUUUGCCUCGCUGGUGUUUCGUGUCUUCGAUGAAAAUGAGGAUGGCGCGAUUGAGUUUGAGGAGUUCAUUCGAGCGUUAUCGAUUACAUCGCGCGGCAACCUGGACGAAAAGCUGCAAUGGGCAUUCCGGUUGUACGAUGUGGACAAUGACGGCUACAUAACGAGGGAGGAAAUGUACAACAUAGUGGAUGCAAUAUACCAGAUGGUGGGCCAACAACCUCAGACGGAGGAGGAGAAUACACCGCAAAAACGGGUCGACAAAAUAUUCGAUCAAAUGGAUAAAAAUCAUGAUGAUCGGUUGACGCUCGACGAAUUUCGUGAGGGUAGUAAAGCUGAUCCACGUAUAGUGCAGGCGUUAAGUUUAGGUGGUGAUUAACCAAAAGAGACUUAGUUUAAUUCUGUAACAGAUUAAACGAGAAAGCGCAAACAAAACAAAAGAAAGAAACUUAAGAAAUUAAACAAUAAAAAAUGAAGAAAUAUUCAUAAAAAAAAACUAAAUACAUAGUAAGGGAAAAAAGAAGCAGCAGGAAAUCUAGGAGGUUGGUAAACAUAAUUUCUUGCAAAAAAUAUUUAUAAAUUAUGAGAGAUGAGUCAUAAUCAAAAGGAAGAAGCACACAUUAAUUUACACAAACACAAAUGAACAGCGUAGGCCUGAGUUAUGCCAAUGGCAGUCAGCUGGUACUUGCAUAUAUUCAAAUGUACAUACACACAUACUUACAUACAAAAAAGUAUAGCCAUUAGUUUACUUAGCAUGGAGUUAGACUAUGAAAAACCACAACAACAUACAAACGAAAAAGUUUC